AACCCUCACAACAGAAAUAUUCGGAAUGAGAAACAGAGUUUACAUUUUCUUGGCCUAAGUUCCGUUUUUGACGGUCUAUACACCAUUUUUUCGCCCCCCUACGAUAGGAUAUUGGUGUUUUGACCAAUCAUCAGGUCAUUAACAAGCUAGUUGUUUGUUGAAGACCAAAAGGUUCUUCAGAAAGAAGUAGUUCACAAGGCACACCGGAGGCUUCUGAAGAUUUCUACAAACAUGAACAAGCACUCUUUCAUUUUUUUGACCACCUGCAUUGUGGCAUCUUCGGCAUGGCAUCUUCGGGUGUCGUUAAAUGACAUUUUUAAGGGGCAAUGUCGAACAGUCAGCCCGAGGGUGUGUCGGAAAAGUUUAGGAAAUAUCGAUCCUGAUUAUAGUUGUGGAUUUAUUUUGAGGAGUGUCUGUGCUGGAAAGAACAAAAUAGAAAGGGUUCGAGUCCGCCGAUCGACAGUUCAGCCAAAUCAUGAACACUCACUCCACGUUACGCCGCUUCCAAAGAAAAUGGCGUUCUAUGACGCGAACUCGGAUGGACAAAUCACCAUUAAGGAGUUUGCGCGAACUCUCGGCCACGACCCGCGAGCCUUUCACGUCAAAGACGCUUUCAAAGUGGCAGACCUUAACAGUGAUGGUGCAGUUGACGCAUUCGAGUUCGAAAAUGAUGCUUGGAUAUUUGAUGACGACUUUGAUGAUGAUGAUUAUGACCUUGAGGACACAGACAUAGAAUCCUACAAAUCUGUGAACUUUGACCUCGUUGAUAGCGAUGAAGACAGUUCCAGUAGCGAGAGCAGCUCAGAUUCAUCAGGAGACAGUUCCGGUGAGUCGGCUUCAGGUGAUGACAGUCAUGGCAGCGGGUCUGGAGAAAGCAACGACAUGUCCUCGGGUGAUGAUUCAAAUGACGACAGCGGAGAUGGAGACUCAAACAGCGACAAUUCAGGGGACAGCAAUUCAUCAAAUUAUAGCAAUGGCGGUCAUUCAAACGAUCACAGCACGGAUGAUAAUAGUGCAGACGAUUCCAAUGACGAUAGCACAGGCGACGAUAACAGCAAUUCAAAUCAUAGCUCAAAGGACGAUGAUAGCAAAGACAGUAAGAGCGACAGCAAAGACGACAGCGACGAAAAGACGGACGAUAAGAAACACACAGACGGAGUGUUGCCUGAUAUGGGAGACCUAAAUCUGGAUGAUAUUGUUCCUAAAGAAAUAGAACUCGGUGACGGGGUUAUUGGAGAGGCCAUAGAUAACGUCAUCGGAGAUGGAAUGGAGUUAGAAGUUCCGGAAUUAGAGGCCCCGGACUCCGACACUUUGAAAAAUGUGGGCAUUGCAAUGGCACUGACCAAAUUCCAACCUUCGCAAAAUCAGAUACAUCCUAAGGUCGGAGGUCAGUCCCAUGGUAUCGAUGAUCACGCCAACCAUAAUCACAAAGAAUUUGACUUCUCCAAGGGUCAAGGCAACUUCUUUGCUUCAGCCAUGAAUCCCAAACCAACAAUGUUGUCCAAUACACUUCUUGGGAUAAGGGGAUCGGGCGCGGGAUCCAGGAUGAGAUCAGUGGACAGUUCACAGGCCAGAGAAAGGUUCAGUUCUAUUGCAAUGAAUAACAGACGAAGAGUUCCGGCGUCACUUUGGCCGUCAUGGAUCGUCUCGUAGCAACAGAAAAAUACUAUCCAAUCACAGAAUACAAUCCAAAUGAAAGAUAUGUCAGCUGCUAAGCUACAAAAAUGGAACAAUAAGACAUUCCUUUUUAUUAUGUUUCAUUAAUUUUUAAAACAUGUUCCGAACUCAUAAUCAAAUGUUUAUUCAGCCUGUUUGUGGCAACAAC